AUGGCUAUGAGUAGAAAAAAAUUGUCGAGAUUGGAUCUGCAGGAUGAGGAAAUAAUCCUGUGGGAGACAGUACCUCAUAACAACGAAAGCAACACCACCAAUGACAACAAUUACAAAGAUGAUGACACAGAAGGCAAGGAGAAGAAGGCAAGGAGAAGAAGGCAAGGAGAAGAAGGCAAGGAGAAGAAGGCAAGGAGAAGAAGGCAAGGAGAAGAAGGCAAGGAGAAGAAGGCAAGGAGAAGAAGGCAAGGAGAAGAAGGCAAGGAGAAGAAGGCAAGGAGAAGAAGGCAAGGAGAAGAAGGCAAGGAGAAGAAGGCAAGGAGAAGAAGGCAAGGAGAAGAAGGCAAGGAGAAGAAGGCAAGGAGAAGAAGGCAAGGAGAAGAAGGCAAGGAGAAGAAGGCAAGGAGAAGAAGGCAAGGAGAAGAAGGCAAGGAGAAGAAGGCAAGGAGAAGAAGGCAAGGAGAAGAAGGCAAGGAGAAGAAGGCAAGGAGAAGAAGGCAAGGAGAAGAAGGCAAGGAGAAGAAGGCAAGGAGAAGAAGGCAAGGAGAAGAAGGCAAGGAGAAGAAGGCAAGGAGAAGAAGGCAAGGAGAAGAAGGCAAGGAGAAGAAGGCAAGGAGAAGAAGGCAAGGAGAAGAAGGCAAGGAGAAGAAGGCAAGGAGAAGAAGGCAAGGAGAAGAAGGCAAGGAGAAGAAGGCAAGGAGAAGAAGGCAAGGAGAAGAAGGCAAGGAGAAGUCAAGGGAAAGAGGCCGCAAGCGCGUAACGAAUGUGUUUCGUCUCCCUGAUGCUGCCCUUAAUUGGCUUCGUAUAAAUGAUGCUGAGCUGCGAAGCAGAGCGCAGCCCCCGACACGCCGUGGCAGCCCUGGUGCGAGCAGCAGGCGUUUGUUCGUAUCAAGCAGCUGGUGUGCAGGCGGAGCUGCAACAGAUGACAGAGGUCGGCGACUGCCUGAUCUCCGUAUCAAUUAG